AUGGCUGCAGCUCCAGCACGGCCGAUUCGCAUCGCGGGUGCAUCAGGCUCUGUUUCAGAUCGCCGCCAUGGCCUCGCUAUGUUUGCAGCGAACUGUGCCAACGACCCCGUUGAUGUGAUCGUCGGCGACUGGAUGAGUGAGGCAAACAUGACAAGCAGAGGCAUUAUGAAAGCCGACAGUCUUAUUGGCAAAGCUAGCGAGGAAUUCAUCCCUGGUGCCCCAACCGGCGCCAUUGGAGCAUAUGAGCCAACCUUCCUGGAAGCACUCGAGCCGGCACUACACGACAUUGCAAAGCACAACAUCAAGAUUGCUGUCAACGCUGGAGCGUCUGAUACGCAGAAGCUGGGAAACGUUGUCGCUGAGAUGGUCAAGCGCAACGGACUAGAUCUUAAGGUUGCCUGGGUAAGUGGUGAUGAAGUCUUUCCCGCUGUGCAAAAAGCUCGACAAGAGAAGAAGACUACCUUCGAGAACAUCUCCACCGGUCAAGUCUUGGACGACUGGGAACAUGAGCCAUUGUAUGCGCAGGCCUAUCUCGGUGGUCUUGGGAUCGCAGAAGCCUUGUCCCGUGGCGCCGACAUCGUGGUCUGUGGGCGAGUGAGUGAUGCCAGUCCUGUGAUAGGAGCCUGCUACUGGUGGCAUGGCUGGAACAGAGACCAACUCCAUGAACUUGCGAAUGCAUUCGUUGCGGGUCAUUUGGUUGAGUGCAGCAGCUACGUCUGCGGUGGCCUAUUCUCGGGCUUCAAAUCGCUGGAGAUGAAGGGCUGGCACGAUCUGGGGUUCCCUAUCGCUGAGAUUGCAAAAUCUGGGCAGGUUGUCAUUACGAAGAACAAGGGCUCUGGCGGGGAGGUCAGUACGCAGACUUGUUCGAGUCAGUUGCUUUAUGAGAUUCAAGGGCCUUGGUACUUCAACUCCGACGUCACCGCUAUUCUUGACGAGCUCCAUUUCGAGCAGAUUGGCACAGAUCGAGUCGCGCUUCGCGGAGUCAAAGGCGCUCUCCCACCUCCUACCACGAAGGUUGGGCUUACAGCAAAGGGAGGCUAUCAAGCAGAAGUCCACUGGUUCAUGACAGGUCUCGACAUCAGCGACAAAGCCCGCAUGCUUGAAGCGCAGGUCCGCCACGCUUUACGGAACUCCAUCCCCAAGUUCAGCCGUCUGGACUUCACUCUCAACGGCACGGCAGGUGAAAAUGCCAGAAACCAAAACGCCGCUACCGUGGACUACCGCAUCCUAGUCCAGGCGAAAAAUGAAGCAGACAUCGCACCAAACAAAUUCCUACGCCCGAUCCUGGACUUGAUUAUGAUGGGCUAUCCGGGCUCAACUUUCCAUCUUGAUGCAAGGCAAGGGUUCCCCAAGCCGAUCUUUGAAUACUAUGUCACCCUUCUUCCGCAGGCUGAUGUACAGCAUAAAGUACAUCUAUGGACUGGUGAGGAGGCUGAGAUAGCUCCACCGACCAAGACGCAGACGUAUCCGAGUCAGCAGCCUAGUCAGCCCGUCGCUACGGACAGUAAGCUCGAGCCCUUGGGUGAGACAAUCAAAGGGCCACUGGGCUGGAUUGUUCAUGCAAGAAGUGGUGAUAAGGGGUCGAAUGCCAAUGUGGGCUUUUGGGUGAGACAUCGGGACGAGUGGGAAUGGUUGAGGUGGGUACUUUCUGUAGAGACGAUGAAGGAAUUGUUGGCGGACGAGUAUAACGGAAAAAAUAUCGAUCGGUUUGAGCUGCCGAAUAUGUUCGCGGUGCAUUUUCUGUUGCAUGAUCAUCUGGAUCGGGGAGUAAGUUGUUCGACGACUUAUGACUUUUUGGGGAAGAAUGUAGCGGAGUAUCUGCGAAGCAAGCAUGUUGACCUUCCGGUUAAGUUCUUGAAUAGAGGAAAGUUGUGA